AUGCACUUCGCUACCCUCGCCACUCUGACUGCCGCCCUCAUCGGCACCUCUGCUGCCGACACCUGGGGAGGUUCCGUGUCUCUCGGCCCUUCCAAGUCCACCAUCGUCAAGGCCGUCACCACCCUCAUCCCCGGCGCCGCGCCCCCCACGCAGAACGGCAUGCUCUUCCUGUGGCCCGGCAUGUCCAACGGCACCGGCGACCUCGUCCAGACCACUCUCGAGGCUUGGCCCGACAACUCCUGGUGCGGUGCCAAGAAGGGCGAGUGGUGUGUCCGCGCCUCCCUCUUUGGCUCCUUCGGCCAGCUCGACGGCCCUUCCAGCCCUGUCCGCGGCGACCAGAAGGUCAAGAUCGUCUACACUCUCCUCAGCGACAAGGACACCUGGCGUCAGGAGGUGACCGACGCCGACACGGGAAAGCAGCUCAGCGUCUUCGAGCACAAGUCCGGCCCCUACAUGCGCGGUUAUGGCACCGGCACCGAGUGCAACAACAACUGCAGCCCCACCGUUUCUGAGCAGCGCUAUCUCAACACCGAGAUCACCCUGGCCGGCGCCGACCCCAACUUUGGCAAGACUAUCUCUACUGCUCAGAAGGCUACUUACAAGGGUCUGACUAGCACCGACGGCGGAAAGGUCUGGAAGAUUAGCGAGAUCCGCGUCCCUGCCAUGGUUUAA